AUGCCCCCGAUCCAGCUGGCACGGAAUGCAGAACCACUGCUGACUAUUGUCAAUGGCAAGCCACGAAAGAAAGCCGUCAAACCAAUGGAGGAACCAGAAGAUGUGACGGCACCGCCAAUUGACACCGAUGGAAACGACACUGAUGAGCCAGAUUUCGGCGAUCCUCACUAUGACUCAACAGAUGACGAGCCAACGAGAGGUGACAUCAGCAGGUCUGACUUCAAGCCGGUAUCGAUCUCACAAAAGCCAGGAACUGUGUCUGGUCGAGGAGGAACAACUCUUACUAUUCAGGAUAACGGGACUCCUCAACGGCGCUCACCUCGGUCAGGCAGGAAGCGAGCAGUGGAAGGAAUCGACGAUCCGGACGCAGAUGAACUUGGUGUCUCAUCUCUUAAGAAAAGGGCGAAGACCAACAACUCAACGCGUUCCCCACUCCUCGGCAGCCACAUAGGCGAUGGAUUCCUCGUGGAUAGGAAAAGCAGGCCACUAAAGACAGGAUACUCAAAGAAAGUAGGCAGGACGACAAAACCCAUCAGCACCUCCCGCGAGUCGACGCCCCGCCGGAAAUUUGAACGCGUAAAGAGCAUGUCAGAAUCAGUGAGCCCACAGCAGACGAGAAAGUUCAAUGCAUUGAUUCCAGGAUCUGAGGCUUCUUCUCCAUCCAAGAGUCCGAGAACCUCGAAAGUAUCAAAAGCUACGAUUAAGGAAGGAGAUUCCUCGAGCCUUUCUGAUAUUGACUCUGAGGAUGUGAAAUCCGACCCCCCUCGACCAGACAAUGGCCGGGGGCAUGACCAGAAGCGGAAGCAGAAACAGAAGAAGGGGAAGGAGACCAAGCGCCAGCCGAAGAAUGCGAACAAGAAGUUACGGCAGCUCUCUGCUGAUGAGGACGUAUCACAGAGACCAGAAUUCAAAAUGCCGGAUGGCUACAACGAUUUUGCUUCGGCGACCGAGCUGGCAGGCAUCGACAUGCCCUUGUACCCAGACACCACGACGGGCAAAAAGGCGAACAUGGCGCCAGACAAGGCACCGUGCCCCAUGUGCGACGAGCCGGUCGACAAGCAAUGGCUCAGCGAGUACUCCAAGGGCCAGCGCAUGAGCAUCGCGCGGCAGGCCAAGUUCUGCCACCAGCACAAGAAGCGGUCUGCUAGGGAGCUGUGGAAGGUCAAGGGUUACCCGGAGGUGGACUGGGCGCAACUGGAGUCGCGUAUCGGAGCGCACCGGCCGUACCUCGAGUCCCUCAUCAAUGGCGCGGAGUCGCACUUUGGCGAACGGCUGCGCGAGAAGAUCAGGACGGGCAAGAACCGCACCCUCUUCACGACGGACGACUACCCCGUCCCCGGGUACUACGGCCUGCGUGGCAUGAGCGCCAUGACAGAGAGUAUUGUCGAUGCCUUCUCGUCGCUGCUGCGCGAGAGAGCACCGCACGACAGGCUCAUCUCCGCGCGCGGCCACACAGGCUAUGUUCAGUCCGUGCUGGUGCCGGAGCUCGGCGUGCGACUGAUCAAGGAGGACAUGGGCAUCACCGAUGACGGCGAGGCGCGCGCGGUGAUGCGCGAGAGCCGCGCCGUCGGGGUCAUACUCAACGACGAGAGGGCGGAGCCGCGGGUGGCUUCCCAAGCACAGGCUCAGGCCGUAGUUAGUGGUGGUGGUGGUCACGAGGAUGCCGCGUUGGGGCCAGACAAUAAUGCAAGUGGCACAGACGGUGGGAGCGACGACGACGACGGCAAGGUGGACCUCAGGAUCCAGCGGGUCGACGAUAGUGAUUCCGAUGUGUCUAGUCUCUCGUCGCUGGGCGCUCACGGGCUCAGGGCCACCAGGAAGGGACGGGUCGACGACGGCAACUCAGACUUGGGCGGACUGGACUCGUUGCGCAAGGCAAAGGAGCCCAUAGCGCUGGGGAAGGGCGUGAUCGACGACAGCGACUCUGACCUGUCGAGUCUCGCAUCGCUGGACAAACUCUGA